AUGUCAAAAGCAGUCGGAACAGUGUUGGGAAUCGUGGGGCUUGUUAUUAUUGCCAUUGCUUUGUAUGCAAUUUGCAAGAAAAGAAAGAAGGCUCGUAAUUACGAAGAUCCUCCUCUUGCACAAGCAAUCUGGGAGACAAAAAGUCCGGAACAAGGAUACGAUGAAUUGAAAGUGGUAAAAGAGGCAAGCGAGGGUACAUUCAUGUACGAUGAAUUGGCAUUAGCGACGAAAGGAUUUGCGAAAGAGAACUUGAUAGGAGAAGGAGGACUUGGUUACGUGCAUAAAGGUGUUUUACCAAAUGGAAAGUCUAUUGCAGUUAAAACCCUCAAAGAAGGAGGUCCAAAUGGACUUGAGGCCUUCAAAUCUGAGAGCGAGGCCAUCGCUCGUGUUCAUCAUCGCCACCUCGUGUUGCUCCUCGGAUUCUGUGUUUAUGGUGGAAAAAGAAUGCUCGUUUACGAAUUUGUUCCUAAUUACAAUCUGGAACAUCAUCUUCAUGGAAAAGGGGUGCCUCCCAUGAGUUGGUCUCGUAGGAUACAGAUUGCAAUAGGAAUUGCCAAAGGGCUUACCUACCUUCACGAAGAUUGUGAUCCCCGAAUAGUCCAUCGCAAUAUCAAAGCAGCUAAUGUCCUGAUUGACGAAAGCUUUGAGGCCAAAGUGGCAGAUUUUGGUUUGGCUAAGGUGGUAUCCGAUAAUAACACUCACGUUUCAACUUGCGUUAUGGGAACACUAGGGUACUUAGCUCCAGAAUAUGCAUCGAGUGGAAAGUUGACAGAAAAAUCUGAUGUUUUCUCGUUUGGGGUAAUGCUAUUAGAACUUUUGACUGGGAAGCGGCCUAUGGAUCUCUCACAUGCCUUGGAUGAUACCUUGGUGGACUGGGCUCGACCACUGCUGAAUCGAGGGUUGGAAGAUGGAAACUUCAGAGAGUUAGUGGACGCAUUUUUGGAAAGAAACUACGAUAAUCAACAAGUUGCUCGCAUUGCUGCUUGCGCUGCGGCCAGCAUUCGUCAUUCUCCCAAAAAACGCCCAACCAUGAGACAGAUUCUAUUAGCUUUGGAGGGGAAUGCAUCAGAGGAGGAUUUGAUGGAUGCGGAGAAGCCUGGAAAUGACAUCAUUCACAGUGACGAGUGGGCAAUUUUGAAUCCCUUUGAACGGGAAAGUGAUAAUCAGAAAGAUAAUACUACCUCCAAUCCUUAA